AUGAAGUGCGCCUUCUUCUUCUUGAUAGCCCUACUGUCGGCUCUUGCCCUCUCCGCUUCCACGCCCUCCGCACUCUCCCCACCUUUUGCGACGAUUGAUACCAGCCCCGUUGUGACAUCCAAUCCGCAACUGGGAUUGGGCUCUGAUAACAAGUACGUCAGUGGUGAGGACCUGCUUGCUGAACUCGCAGUCAAGACCGGUGAGAACGUGACUUGGUCGGUGGGUCUAUACUCAAACGCGAGUACGCCAGAAGGAGGCUUCGCCAACAACGACGGGGACGAUGGACCGGUUCCGAACAUGGAGGGCCGAUACGCCGUCGAUUUGCGUAUCGGCCGAAACCCCACCCACAUUGGGACUUUCCGUGGAAAGCGACUCUACAACCGGAUCUACAGUAUGCUGAAGGACUGCUGCAUAGCAAAGAAAGGCAUUUCUAUCCCGGGCUACUGCGAGACUACUCGACCCGAAUGCAAAGAGCAAUGCAACCUCUACAACGUCGUCUACAGUAACGGUCACUCAACGUACAAGGCGGAUUCAAAGACGAGUCUCACCGUGCACUAUUCGUAUUUUAACAACCAAGAUUACCCGGGCAUUCAGGAUCUCGCAUUCCGAAUGGUCGCAAAGAUCUAUCAGACAAUGGCAGACGACAACAACAACUGCGCAUACUGGGACUUCCCGGGCACUAGACGCACCAUGAUCUGCUACGUCGCUAGCAAAUUGGAACUAGCUUUUGCAACAAAUGGCGGUCCAAUUAUUGGUGUUCUCAACGUCGAGCUCACUUGGGAAAAGAAAACCCCACACAACAGCUUUCAUUGCGAAACCACUCAAAACGCCAUCGACGCUCUGAUGUGGGGAGAGAAUCGGGACAGCCUCGCUGAUACAAUGUCAUGGCCCAAGGACAAGAUUCUUCCGUUUACCUUCUGUGCCGAUUCUCCUUGCUUCAAACAGAGCUUGAAGAUCCGGGAGCAGUGGUAUGAAGGCUCUGGCUGUCAGCGUCCGCAGUGGCCGAAUGGCUGCGAUCCCGGUUCUGACAACAACAGCCCUGAUCUAAACUGCCCACCUGUGCAGUAA